AUGUUGCUGUCGUGUGCACUUUUAUACAACAAACCAGUUCUGAAUUUCUUAUUGCUGUUCAAUGUCAAUACAUUGCUUCUGUUAUGUAUCAUCACUUGGCUGCAUUCACAUUCUCCUGUGUUUGCAGCUACCACUUUGCAUGCAAAUGAGACAGACAGGCUAGCUUUACUCGCCAUCAAGGCUCAGUUAACCCAGGAUCCACUUGGGUUAACGAGCUCGUGGAAUGAUUCUCUCCAUUUCUGCAACUGGAGUGGAGUCAUUUGCGGUCACGGGCAUCAAAGAGUAAUCACCUUGAACCUUAGUUAUCAUGAUUUGGUAGGUUCUCUCUCUCCCUAUGUAGGGAACCUCACCUUUCUUCGAGGUAUCAGCCUUGAACAGAACUACUUUCAUGGUGAAAUUCCGCCAGAAGUUGGCCGCCUAAGUGGGCUCAGGUACCUGAAUUUUUCUAACAACUCCCUGUCAGGAGAGAUCCCAGCCAAUCUAUCUGGCUGUUCUAACCUCAUUAUGCUUCGUUUGGGGUUCAACAAGUUGAUUGGAAAGAUCCCAUAUCAGCUUGGGUCAUUGCAGAAGCUUGAGAGAUUUCAGCUCCACUACAACAAUCUCAGUGGACCAAUACCAGCUUCUUUAGGCAACCUUUCUUCUGUUAGGUCUCUGUCCUUUUCAGUUAACAGCUUCGAGGGAACCAUACCAGAUGCCCUGGGACAGUUAAAGACAUUAAAUUUUCUUGGCCUUGGCUUGAAUCAGUUAACUGGUAUUGUUCCUCCCUCAAUAUUCAACUUAUCAUCUAUAACCAUAUUUACUUUGCCAUUCAAUCAACUCCAUGGAAAUCUGCCAUCAAACUUGGGCUUUGCUCUUCCUAAUUUGAGAGUCCUGAAUAUUGGUCACAAUCAAUUUACUGGAGCUCUUCCAGAAUCAUUAUCCAAUGGUUCAAAUCUCCUUGAAUUUGAUAUCAAUGGAAGCAAUUUCACUGGGAAGGUUAAUAUUGAUUUUGGAGGGCUACCGGUUCUCUGGUCGCUGGUUCUUGCUUCUAAUCCUUUGGGGAGAGGAGAAGCUGAUGAUCUAGAUUUCUUGAAUUCUUUGACUAAAUGCAGAAACUUGCAGAUAUUGGAUCUAAGUAAUGACCAGUUUGGUGGGGUUAUUCCUAUUUCUUUCGGCAAUCUCUCAACUGAACUUGUCCAAUUGAGAUUGGGAGGGAAUAAGUUAUGGGGAAGUAUUCCUACUGGGAUCAAGAACCUAGUUAACUUGACUGAGCUAACAAUGGAGCAAAAUAACUUGACAGGCAACAUUCCAGCCGUGAUCGGCAACCUUAGGAUGCUACGGCUACUUGAUUUAUCUGAAAAUCAGUUUUCAGGGAAUCUUCCAUCAUCCAUAGCCAACAUAAGUCAGUUAUACAAGCUUCAUCUGCAAAGUAACAACUUUACUGGGAACAUUCCUUCCAGUUUUGGAAAUCUUACUUCCUUGCAAGACCUGGACCUUUCUCAAAACUACCUUAGUGGAGCUAUACCCAAGAAUGUUAUAGGUCUUUCUUCUCUAACAAUAUCCUUGAACCUAGCUCAAAACCAAUUAACUGGUCUGUUGCCUUCAGAAGUGAGCAAUCUGAAAAAUCUUGGUCACUUAGAUGUUUCCGAGAAUCAAUUGUCUGGAGAGAUUCCUAGUGGCCUAGGCAGCUGUAUUCCUGAGAGGACUCCGGGACCUGGACCUGUCGAGGAACAACUUAUCUGGACAAAUUCCUGA